CUGAAGAAGUACCGUCAGAAGAGGUUGCAAAAGUUAAACCGCAUGAAGUUGGUAACAACCGCAACUAUAAGCACGUUGGCACCACUGCUAAAACGCAUCAAAGUCACUCGAAUAACAUCCCGUCGACAUCUAACUCCAGUAACCACCAUAAAAACAAGUUUCAGUCACACGUAACACACAGAAACUCGUCCCAUCCCAUUGAUAUUCUACCGUUGAAAAAGUCCAUGUCUUACGUCGACUUAAAAAAGGAAAUCGAGAGCCUUCUGCCUAUAAAUAAUAAAACAAGCGAGAAUAAUAUAAUCGAUGCAGACAAUCCGCGCCGUCCAAGUAUCGGUCGUAAAAAGUCCAGAACCUUCCGUCAGUUCCCUAAAAUAGUCAUACACCCUCCCGAAAAUCAGUUAAACGUUACUAAUAGUAUGCCGAACAUUCAUUCGUCAUUCUUGAAAGAUCUGCAUGUUUCUCGGGUUUUUAAUAAUGUUUCUAACCUGAACGCAUCCUGCCCUGAUCUGACUAACGAAAACUUAUUCUCAACUAACUUCGACACUGUCAGUGAGGACAGUUUAGAGAACGAUGAUGUAUUUGAAUAUUACGAUGACUAUCCCGAAAAUGUAUCAGUUUGUAGUGAUACCUUCGUACCUGAUUUCAAAUACCAUCAAGAGAGAUUCCUGCACGAACCGCGGUCCCGUAAAGUUAAUUCGUAUUCCGUGAUCGAGAGUCAAAAUUUGUAUUUAAGGGACAUAAACACUUUAUCUUCGACUAAACAGAAGUACGCAGGCAAUAUGAUGCGUCGUAAGAAGAAAGACGAGAUGCCCAGCGACGUGCUGAGGCGCAACUUGAAGAUGAAACACUCGAACUCGAUGCAAAAUCUCUUCAAAGACUUGCCCAGGAGAAGGGCGAACGAACAGCCGUUCGAUAGCUACUACACGGUACACGGUGAAAAUAACCUCUCCCAUCACGGUCCGAUGCAUAGCAAUUCUAACUAUUCGAUAUACGAUUAUCCUCCACCGAGCCCCAAUAGUUUUAACGCGUUCUACCACAGGCCUUACCUGUACGGCAAUUUCGGUUCUAUGGACCAUCUCGGUAAUUUUCACGGAUACGGUUCGGAGUAUCCCUGGUACGCAAGGAGUUACGGUUCUCUGCCUUGCAAUAACCUCUCCGAGUACCACACAUGUAACACACCACACCAGACUGAAAUUGUAUACAAGUGUUGUUGCGGAGGCGUGAACUGUAAGACAGUGGUGCCAAUACACGAGUAUUUGGAAACUUAUUUCAACAGGACGGUAAGAUAUUCUAGGAAAUUUAAAAGAACAUUAAAGUUAUAGUGAGAUGUGAGGUGUAAAAUAUGGCUUUCAG